CUUACGGCUUAAAGAUUAAAUACUUAUUGUGGACCGACACUAAUAUCUCGGUUCGCGGACCGCCGCGUUUUUUUGCCAGAUUCUUUUAUUUUGAGUGAAACUGUGUUGAUUGAAUCUAAUUUUAUCAAAAUCGGAGAUGAAGAGCAUAUUCUAAAUAAUUACCAACGAAUUUUUUUUAUGAAAAGAUAUAUAAAAAUUUUUAAUAAAAUAUUUAAUUUACAAUGUCAUUAUCACUUGAUGCAAAUGUAUAUACUAUAGCAAAAACAGUUAUAAAUGUAAAUGUUUUAAGACAGAUAGAAAAUGAUCUUGACAUAGAUGAAAAAAUUUCUGUAUUGUUCUUGAUAAUAGAUAAUUAUGCAGAUGGAUUUAAUGAUAUUUUUAAAUUAUUUCAAGAACAGAAGACAAAAAAAGCUUACAUAAUUAUAGAUUAUAUAAGAAAUCAUCCAGAAAAUUGGGAAGAUAAAAUCUUAGAGGCAUUAUGUAUUCUAAAUAAUCGAGAAGUAAUAAGGAAAUUAGGAAUAUCAUUCAGUGAUUUAGAUUUACAAUAUAUUCCACAAAUGAGAUUAUCCUCAAGAAAUAUAAAUGUGAUUACAAAAUGUUUAUAUAGAUUAUGUGAAUCUUUGAAUGAAAAUGAACAACAAUGGUUAUUAAACCUUGUUAAAUGUGAAAUAUGUAAUUACGAACCCUUACUUGACAAUGUACAUUACCUUGAACUACAUAUGCUUUAUUGGAUGCAAAUUGGAUAUAUAACAAUUUCUAAAAGUAAAAUACAAAACACAAGUAAAUUGUUAAGACACUUGGAAGAAUGUGAAGAUAGCUCUCUAAAGAUAAUUUGUAUGGAUUUGGAGAAAUUUAAUAACUGCCUACAUGUUGUUGAUAAUUAUAGAAUUUUUGGGACAAGUGAUAGAAAUUAUCAACAAUCAAUUCCUUUCGAAGAAUCAUCUCUUACUGGCAAUCAUUGUUAUAAAAAAAGGAUACAGUCCAUUAAUAACGGAUUAUGUAUUAUUAUUAAUCAGAUGUAUUUUGAAAAAGAGUAUGAAACACGAUUUGGUACAAGUAAAGAUUGUACUAAUCUAACUGAAACAUUUAAAACUUUUGGGUUUAAAGUCGACUUACUUCAAAAUCUGAAGAAAAGCGACAUGUUAGAAAAAAUGAAAAAUAUUUCAAAAGAUUAUGGUACAAAGUAUGAAUGUUUAUUUCUGUGUAUUCUGAGUCAUGGAUAUAAAGGAGGUGUAAUAACGUCAGACGAAAAAGAAAUUUCUUUGGAAACGAUUGAAAAAACUAUUUGUUGCGUGGAAUUAAAGGAUGUUAUGAAAAUUAUUGUCAUUCAAGCCUGUCAAGGAAAAACACGUGGGGAAAGAAAGAUAAAAUGAUGAAGCAACUAAGAUGACAUUUUGCUAAUUUUUCUAAGCUAAUAAAACAGAUAACAGCUCAAUGCCAAAUUUAUUAGAAAUUUUUAAUGAUAAUAGACAUAGAGAUAAUAAUCUAUUGUAAUUUGAUUUUAAUUUUGUAUUAACAUAUCUAGAUAAUAUAAUAAAAAAUAUAUUUUGAAUAUAUCUAUGUAAUUUUGUGAUUUUCUAUCAUAACGAAUUAUAGUGAACAUAUUUUUACUUUCUCCAUUAAAUUAC